UGUGACUUUCUGCUUCUCUUCGCUGUGUGUUUUGUGUGCCUCAGAGAAUUCUCACCGGUCCCUAAUAAAGUUGCUGGCUGCUUACAAAUUUUGUUUCGUUCUCUACCUCAUGAUCAAUCUGUCGUUGCAUCAAUAAGAUCGCAAGACAAGUGCGUGCGCGGCAUCUUCGGUGUACAUUAUUACGAUCUCGGAAUGACAAUGUUUUAGCUGAUCACUGUCGCUGUUUGCUUACCGUAUUUACUGCUAUGUGGCACGGCUCCAAAAUUUCAUGAACUAAAUAUUAGUGAAAAAAAUGGGUGUUAUUGAUUUUAUAUUCAGCUUUUACAAGGAAUGGCUGCUCUAUAAAUAUAGUGUGUCGCAAUAUCUCCCUUCGAUUUGCGAAUUUACUCAGGUCUUUCCUUCAUACUCACUUUCUAUACACCUGUCACGGCGGUUUAGUUUCUAUCAACACACUUGCUCUCCGGAGUUCCUUUCUUUCCUUUGUUUACUGUUUUGUUUACGUAACCAUUGUUCUGAUCAUUUGUCACGUUGAUUGACAUUGCCGUAUUUUCCCAUCUCUUCCUCUCUCGUUUUGUGGGGAUAAUCUAACAGAAGUUGAUAGUGUUAACCACACGCUGGGCGUUGGGUUCAUUUCGCUGCAAGCGAACAGAAAAACAAAACUAACCAGGAACCUACCUGCCGAAAGCGGAAAAAUUCGGUUUGAAAGCGGGUCAUUUGUGGGAGGAAGUUGAUGUACCUAGGUUUGUUAGAAAGCAAUAGUCUGCUGUGAAUAUCAGCUUGCUGAAUGUCUAUAUUGCGAUGCCGAUGAUUAUUUAGUAGUUUGUAGCCUGUCUAGUUUGUAGGUUCAUGUAUGAAAUUCUGUAGCACGGAUGUCUAAUUAUGUGGAUAACUUGGCAGAUUAUCCUCCAGCCACUGUUCAAAAUGAUUCGGCGUCUCUUCAGUACCCUUAUCAGUGACUAUCCUCCCGUGGGUGAAUUCCUACCAACUGCCCCGCCGAGCAACAAUCAGCGAACCAAUGGUGGAAGCGACACAAGCACACACUUCCGAUCGUCUCAUCUGGAAUCCCUGAAUUGGCUGCAUGCUGCCUCACCAUGUUUCCCCAUCUCUGGCGAUCGAGUCGAAAUCAUUCACGAACCGACCACCUUCUACAACACUCUGGUGGCAAAGUGCGCGAAUGCAAAGCAAAGAAUCAUGCUGGCAAGUUUGUACCUUGGCAUCGGAGGGCUUGAAACACGACUAGUCAAUGCCAUCCACCAAAAUAUGAAGAACAACGCUCGAUUGAAGGUGGAUGUUCUGCUAGAUUUCACACGUGGCACGCGGGGAGAGAAGAACUCGAAGACAACCCUUAUGGCACUGCUACAGGAGAGUGACAACUUCCAGCUUUCGUUGUACCACACUCCGGUUCUGCGUGGGCUCACCAAAAAAUUAGCUCCACCCCGAUGGAACGAAUUGCUGGGAAUUCAACACAUGAAACUGUAUCUAGUGGAUGAUACGGUAAUCAUAAGCGGGGCAAAUCUGUCCAAUGAUUAUUUCACCAACAGACAGGAUCGAUACGUGAUGAUUGAGGACCAACGGCUGGCAAAUUUCUAUGCCAAUUUCUUGGAAAAGGCUCAAGAGUUCAGUCUGAAAGUUACCCGAGACGGAGAGACUUGUUUGCACGAGAACUGGAAAAUGUUACCCUACAAGAGCGCACAGAUUGAUUUCGCCACAGAGGCUCGGGAGCGAAUACGGAAUUACUUCAAAGGGAUAAUGGAGCAGCAGAAAGAAAUCUGUGAGAAUGAUAAAGUUUCCGACACGUGGAUUUUCCCUUUAAUUGAGAUGGGACAACUCGGCAUUCAUCAUGACAGUCUAGUCACCAAAAGCCUCCUCUCGGGGUGCUUGAGGGACUCGAAGUUAAAGCUGGCGACCGGAUAUUUUAACUUGACUGAAACCUAUAUGGACACACUCACGAAGGCUUGCCAAGCAGAGUGCAGUAUUUUGAUGGCGCAUCCAAAUGCAAAUGGAUUCCUCGGUGCCAAAGGACCAGCUGGUGGGAUACCGGCAGCAUACUCACUGAUCGCUAAGAAAUUUUACGAACAGCUUAAGAAAUCCGGUCAAAACAAUCGCGUAUCCCUGCUGGAAUACGAACGCACAGGGUGGACGUAUCACGCCAAAGGCCUGUGGUAUUAUCUGCCCGGAUCUAGCCUGCCGAACCUAACCCUCAUCGGUUCGUCUAAUUUUGGGGAGCGAUCCGUCAAUCGAGAUCUCGAGGCUCAAAUCUGUCUGGUAACGACGAAUGGAACUCUGCAGCGAAAACUGCAAUCAGAGUUCGAGAAUAUUCUGCAGCACUCAACAAAGGCCGAAGCAGAACUAACCGCCCGGCCGGUGCCUCGCUGGGUCCGGGCCGUCGUGGGACUCUUUAGGAACUUUUUCUAGAUAGAUAAUACCGUUUCAACUAGAGUUCUUUCUUUCCAUUACUCUUUGCAGUAAUACGUUUGCGUAUUACGUUAGAAAUUGUUACCAAAAGUGAGAACAUUAGUUCGGUGUUGAGGGAGAGAGAACGGUGCUGUGGUACUUCUUCAUGUGAAAAUAAUCUACUUAGACAAUUCGAAAUAAAAUUUCAAUAUUCAACUAUUAA